AUGUUAAAUCGUGACCGGAAUCUGAUUCUACUUAACGGUGCGUUUUUCGGGGGCAAAAACGGCGACUUUCAUAUGUUGAUCAAAGCUCAGGGACCCGACAAAAAUAGACCCGUUUUGUAUUAUACAAUGAGACAAAUAUUUGCAUGCAUUUGGCUGUCAUUCACCAUAUUAUGCAUGAUUUCAAAUGUGAGCGCUUUUGGCAACGAAAACAUUGUGUUUGAAGAGUUGGAGGACUCGGAGCCGAUGUUUGGGUCCGAAUCGAAAAAAUACUUCUUCAAAAAGAAAUAUUUCAUAACACCACUGCCUUUAAAUCCGUCGCCUAUAUCGCCGAUAACACCCUUAGGACCCAUCACUCAACCCUUCACUCAACCCUUCACUCAACCAAUCACUUAUCCAAUUGUAUACAAAAACUUCGGUAAAGGGCUCUUCAAAAAAGGUCUGUUUGGUGGCGGCGGAGGACUCUUCCCAUACGGGCCCACAAUUAUCGGCAAUAUCGGCGGAGGUUUACUGCCAUUUAGCCUUCAGUUGGCAUUCGGUUAA